AUGGACUCGAAGGUCGUUGGUAUAUUGGGCGGCGGCCAGCUCGGCCGCAUGAUGGUUGAGGCAGCAAGCCGGCUCAACAUCAAGACAGUUAUUCUUGAGAACGGCGCGGAUUCGCCGGCCAAGCAGAUCAAUUCCAGUGCAGAACACAUCGACGGCUCCUUCAACGAUGAGGCGGCGAUUCGUAAGCUCGCCGAGAAGUGUGACGUGCUGACCGUCGAGAUUGAGCAUGUUGACGUUGAGGCCCUGAAGAAAGUGCAGGACCAAACGUCCGUCAAGAUCUAUCCGUCUCCUGAGACCAUUGCUCUUAUCAAAGACAAGUACUUGCAGAAAGAGCAUCUGAUCAAGAACCAGAUCGCCGUUGCCGAGUCCACUGCCGUUGAGGGCACUGCCGAGGCCUUGCAAUCUGUGGGACAAAAGUAUGGAUAUCCGUACAUGCUGAAGUCCAGAACGAUGGCCUAUGACGGCAGGGGUAACUUUGUUGUUGAAGACGUUUCCAAGAUCCCAGAGGCAUUGGAAGCUUUGAGGGACAGACCGCUGUAUGCUGAGAAAUGGGCUCCUUUCACCAAGGAGUUGGCAGUGAUGGUGGUGAGGGGCCUUGGCGGAGACGUCCAUGCCUAUCCUACCGUAGAGACGAUUCACAAAAACAAUAUCUGUCACACGGUGUUUGCGCCUGCCCGUGUCAAUGACACCAUACAGAAGCGCGCGCAACUCUUGGCGGAAAAGGCUGUGUCUGUGUUCACGGGAGCCGGCAUUUUUGGUGUCGAAAUGUUCCUGCUACCAAAUGACGAGCUGUUGAUCAACGAGAUUGCUCCCAGACCACACAACUCUGGACACUACACCAUCGAUGCGUGUGUGACAAGCCAGUUUGAGGCACAUAUCCGUGCCGUUUGCAGUCUGCCGCUGCCAAAGAACUUUACUUCUCUCUCCACGCCAUCUACCCAUGCUAUCAUGCUAAACGUGCUGGGCAGCCCUGAUCCUGAAGAGUGGUUGCAAAAGUGCCAGAGAGCGCUUGAAACUCCGCACGCGUCUGUCUAUCUGUACGGAAAGUCCAACAGAGCGGGUCGUAAACUGGGCCACAUCAACAUUGUCUCGCAGUCAAUGGAUGACUGCAUCCGUCGACUAGAGUACAUCGAGGGCAAAACUAAAACGUUGGAAGAACCAGAAAGCAACAAACCGGUUGCAGGAACCAGCAUCAAGCCGCUAGUCGGCGUGAUAAUGGGCUCGGACUCGGAUCUGCCUGUGAUGUCCCUUGGUUGCAAUAUUUUGAAGUCUUUUGGCGUUCCUUUCGAGGUUACCAUUGUGUCCGCCCACAGAACGCCUCAGCGAAUGGUCAAGUAUGCUGCCGAAGCCCCAGAGAGGGGAAUUCGGUGCAUCAUCGCUGGCGCCGGUGGAGCUGCCCAUCUGCCAGGAAUGGUUGCUGCCAUGACUCCACUGCCAGUCAUUGGUGUUCCUGUCAAGGGAUCGACUCUUGACGGAGUCGACUCGCUGUAUUCAAUAGUCCAGAUGCCAAGAGGAGUGCCUGUGGCGACUGUGGCCAUCAACAAUGCCACCAACGCUGCGCUCCUGGCUGUGCGUAUCCUUGGCUCGUUCGACCCAGUGUAUUUCAACAAGAUGGCCAAAUACAUGAGCGAGAUGGAAGAUGAGGUGCUGGUAAAGGCUGAACGGCUGGGGUCUGUUGGCUAUGAGGAGUAUCUUAGGAAAUAG